GGCUUUGUGAUCUAAUGUUUUGGAAGCUGGAAGGAAGUAGAUGUUUUUGUUGGGACUAAAUCGGAGGGAAAAUAUACAGAGCUGAUCUCACCGAUUCAUUAACGCCAUGGAUUCUUGCUCAAGAAAGCUUCCCAAUACAACCCCAUGAAAGCAUAGACAUUUUCCUUGGUACCAUGCCCAUUUCUCGUUUUCUUUUCCUUUCUUCCAAACGCCACUCAGGAGAGUCUCUCAAUUUAUUCCGAAGGUUUGGUCCUUGUAAGAGGAUUCAGUCCCGUAACUAUGUAAAUUCAUCAAAUCAUGCUAAUGGGAAGCCUGGUGGUGAUCGUGUAAUGAACGUAGAUUCACAAGCUUCUAGGACUUGGGGUACCUAUGUCAUUCCUGCUGCUCUACUAGGAUUUGUGGGCCUGGCGGGUUUAGCUCACUAUAAUGAUGAAAGAAGAGCAAUUCCAAAAGGCCAGGGUACCAGCUCUAGUGGAACUACUGCCAAGGGGCCUAUAAUUGGUGGCCCUUUCAGUUUGAUAGACACACAGAAUCAGACGGUCACUGAAAGGAACUUUCUGGGAAAGUGGGUUCUCCUUUACUUUGGGUAUACAUUUUCUCCUGACGUUGGCCCAGAGCAAAUCCAGAUUAUAGCCAAGGCUAUAGAUAAACUUGAGUCUAAACAUAAUGUGAAGGUUCUACCGGUGUUUGUUACGAUUGAUCCACAACGUGAUACACCUUCACAACUCCAAGCUUACAUUAAAGAAUUUGAUUCGAGGAUCAUAGGAUUAACCGGGCCUGUUUCAGCUGUUAGACAAUUGGCGCAAGAAUACCGUGUUUUCUUUAGGAAGAUUGAGGAGGAUAAGGAUGAUUAUCUUGUUGAAUGUUCGCACAACAUGUACUUGUUGAACCCAAACAUGGAAGUUGCUGGAGUGUUUGGUGUGGAGUACGAUGCAGAUGAUUUAUCUGAUGCAAUUUUAAAGGAACUGAAGAGAACCCAAAAUUAACAAACUAUUCCCUUACAUUGCAAUAUUCAUUGCCAACUUUAUUUUUCAACUUUUUUUACUCUUUUCUUUCAUGAUUGUAUUUCUUCUAUACAUGUCACUGUGGUUGGUUGAUAGAAACUUUUGCUCCCAAGUCACCACCACCACCAAGCCCCAAACAACUUUUUUCAGUACCUACAAAUAAACCAAGAGAAAACAAGAGAGGGAGAUACUAUUAAAGAUUUUAUAAAGAUAAUGAUGUAUUGAGGAAA